AUGGACACCAAUACGAUAAUAAUCGUAAGUGUAUUCGGAGGUGCGUGGAUCUUUCUCCUGUUGGUGUGUAUAGUACUGUGCACGCAGGUGGCCAGCCUCCGGCGCAAGAUACACGAUUUGAAUAACACAGGACGACUGCGAGUGCAAAAACUUAAAAUGAGUCCUGAGGGAAACCACGCGUUCAACAACCCCAGCCUUGUGCCCGAUGAGGAAUUAUCUCGGCGGGGCUUCUCUAUGUACCAGCCCUCGGAGGAGGACGUUGAGAGUGGUAGAGGUACUGAGCGGCAGACGAGUGGGGAGUUCGUAGAGGAGCUGACUCGUAAGAUUGACGACAGACAGUACAGACAGAGUCAGACUAAUGGCCAGGCGCCCCCCUUCUUACUGCAGAGCAUAGAAGAUAACAAGAGGAAGAGCAGGCAACUGGCAAACCCGACUACAAAUAAUCAUGGACGCCAGAGUGACACUAAUCCAAACUUUAUAUUUUAA